AGCGAGUCCACGGUGACUUGAUUCUAGAUGCGUCAUUGCGCACAACGAGGAAAAGCAGUUACUGGUCUAGGAUUGAUAUUUACAUUUUACCCUGUUGUUUUUCGCUACAGAAGAGAAUUUCCAACAACACAUCGUGGUUAAUACUGCGGUCUGGAGUGGGAAGAAAUAGAUAGCAAGAGAUGCAGCCAGCAACAGCGAAGUGGUAUGACAGAAGGGACUCCGUCUUUAUUGAGUUCCUGGUAGAAGACAGCAAAGAUCUACAAGUGAAGUUUGAAAAAUCAAAACUUGAUUUCCGUUGUGUUGGUGGGAUUGAAACCCUCAAACACCAUAAUGAAUUGGACCUUUUCGACUCAAUUGAUCCCAAUGCAUCGAAGCACAAACGUACAGACAGAUCAGUGUUGUGUUGUCUGAAGAAAGCAGAGGCAGGAAGAGCAUGGCCACGGUUAACAAAAGACAAGGCAAAAUUCCAAUGGCUGGGUGUCGACUUCAACAACUGGAAAGACUGGGAAGAUGAUUCUGAUGAGGAUCUGUCCAGUUUCGACAAGUUCUCAGAGAUGAUGAAUACGAUGGGAGGAGAAGACGGCAUGCCAGAUCUGGGCAUGGGUGGUAUGGAGGGUCUCGAAGAGCACGACAGCGAUGAUGAAAAGAUGCCAGACCUGGAGUAAUGGUGCAUAUAAAGUCUGUAACCGAUGACGACAAGAAAUGAAAGCCUCAAAGGUCGGUUGAAGAGAGAGACGAGUUGAGUUGGUAGCCAUAUUUGAAAAAUGAGGAAAUAUCAGCAGUUUUCCAAACACGUCAGAGGAACCUCACUGAGGAGAGACUGUAUCUGUCGUCACGGCAUCGCAGCAGAGCAUUCUCCAGCCAAUGUCUUAGUGCUGUGCUUUGCUGUUCUAAUUCUGCAUGGACAAUUCAGUUGUUUCCAUGAUGUGCUGUGGGGUUCAGUUAUACCGUGCUUUAACUUAACAACCAGGGGUGCCUUCAGCAAGGAACAGUGUUAUGGAACGUUCAGAUAGAAUUACGUCAUGUAGAACUAAGGUGCCACUGACAUGUAGAAUGAAGGAAUCGUGUCGGCUCAUCGUAUUUCAAUCUGCAACGUUUGACAAUGUUUUCCUACUGAAUGUGGCCCUGCUCUGAUGGGAUAGUCUGAAAGUUACUCUCCACCUUUUUAUUUAAUAACGUCAGUGAGGUUACGUAUUGAAUAUCAACAUAAUUGUAAAUUCUAACCGAAGAAAAAACAUGUUUUCAAACAACUGCCUAUUUUCAAUAAAGUUGUUUCUUUUUUUUAGUGAGAAAUGACCCCU